GCACCGAGAUUAGCAGGCGAUUACCUCAGCCGACGUGCUUCUCACGUGCACGUGUGUGUGUGUGUGACAAAGACAGGUACUAAACGCAUCAUUUUGGGAUUGUCUGCAUAGAAACAAACACGUCUCGAAAAAGCCCGGAGUUCGUCCACAACAGCAUGACAAUGUCGGAAUCUUGCUUGUUGGGUUUUUUUGUGUUGUUUUUUUGACGCUAGGUAAAUGAAAGCCUCACGGUGCCCAUUAGUGGUUGCGCCAGAUGAUUGGUACAGGAAGGAAGUCCCACGGGAGAGGAGAGCGCACCAUGUGACCAACUCCUCCGCGAGACGUCAGUGGCAGAUGGCACGGGUACCCGUGCUGGCAGUUGGCACGGGUGUCACUUUUCUCACAGAGAGGCAGAGAAAGGGAUAGAGAGAGAAAGAAAGAGUGAGAGGAGGGUGAAAACGAGAUUAAAGGAAUUCUAAGUGGCUCACAGCAGACGCAUGGAAGGCGAAUGGUGCCGAGGCUGAGGGAAAUCUUUUGAUCAUGCGAGUGAAUUAUUAAAAGAAAAAGCAGGGACAAUGUUGACGGCGGCACCAGACGAGCCAGACGCAAUGCGCGAGCCUCAGUUUGGAGCGAGCUUUCCGCGUUCAAGCAAUCCUGACAAUCUGAGACAGGAGCAGCCGGACCAUCACAGACAGCGGUUUGACGAUUUAGACCUACGCGACGAUCGCUCGGACAGGAAUGAUGAAGAACGAGACGAUGAGCAAGACGAAGAGCAGGAAGAGAGCGGCCUGAGAAAAAGGCGAGUUCCGAGGAGACGCCAGUCGGGCGCCACGUGCUCGGACAGGGCCCAGCUGAGGCGCCAUGAGGCGAACGCACGUGAGCGCAGCCGAAUGCACGGCCUGAACAGCGCGCUGGAAAGUCUGCGCAAGGUCGUGCCGUGCUACUCGAGCGCCCAGAAGCUUUCCAAGAUAGAAACGCUGCGUCUGGCUAAGAACUACAUCCGGGCCUUGUCGGAGACGCUCAGCGCCGGGACGCGACCCGACCUAGUGGCGUUCGCACGGACCCUGUGCAAAGGACUGUCGCAACCCACGACCAACUUAGUGGCAGGGUGCCUGCAGCUCAACGCGGGACGCUUCCUGGCGAGUCCAGGGGACGUCUCACCUGCAGGUGACUCCACCUACGCGUACGCAGGCGCCGAACCAAGCCGAGCAGACCCUUCCAAGCACUUCCGUCCUUUCUCCUACUGCAACGUCUACGACUCGUAUUACAACAGCGCUUCUCCGGACAGAGAGCUAAGUCCGCCCGUGAACUACAACGGCGUGUUCUCGUUUCAGAAACCCGACGAGCAGACGGAGCGCGACGCGAGCUGCCGUUACGGCGCGACCUGCUGCGGCGCCCCGGCACGCGCUUCCCUCAGCCGCCCUUCAGCCUACACACUGUCCCCGGACACGCACUUUCCCAACGAGAUGCGCAUGCGCAGUCAGCCCUUCCAAACCCAGGACCAAUUAAACGCGGUGUAUCAUACCUAAACCUAAAAAAAAAAAAAAAGGUGACAGGCAAACAAACUUGUUCAUUUUAUUCUUGUGUCUUUAAUAUAUUUAUUAUUUAUUGCCCACUUUCACUGCAUAAUUUAUUGUCUUUAAUUGUAUUACCUAAAUGUACUCCCUUAUUUACUGCACUCUAAUAAAUGCCAUAUUGUUAAA